AUGGGGCCAGAAUAUCUGGGUCUCCAUGCCAUUGGAUGGCAUGGAAUGCUGAAGACCUGGUGGGACAAAGUACUCGCUGUUCUGCUACUGACCACCAUCAUCCUGGGCUGCCUAUACAUCCUGUUCAUCAUCGGAAAGAAGCUUUAUGCUCGCUGGAAGGGGAGACGUCAACUGUCAGCCGCCCCUGCGGCCAUCACUCGUUAUCUUGACCGCUUGAAGAGGGAAACGAAACCUCUGCGUUCGCAGAACCCCGCAAAUGUCGAAUUGAAGUCAUUCGGGGCAUAUCUGGGGUCGGUAUCAAGCCCUCCUAGUCCAGAGCAAUCGUCCCUACUGGCGCGAUGGGACGUCAUCGUGGUCGACCCUCUUCAACCUGGGGUGGUGAGCGCUAUAUUCAGUCAUUGCACCUCCGCUCACGUCCUUGGUCGCCUGGAUGUUCAGAGUUUGGUGAACCAGGAGACAAGCAUCACGAUCGAUGAAGUCAUUCAAGCUUUGUGUGUCGUUGCUCAAACAGUCAUCUCGAAUUUCAGUCAUCCGCAAGGAAGGGAGUCCCCACUUCACGGGGUCCUCCUGGCAGACUGGCAGAAGCAUUUCCAACCGGUUGUACUUAACCACUUGGUUCAGUACAUCAAUGGUAUUGGCCUCGAUGUGUGGCUGGAGAUGUCCCCUCCCGAUUAUCUCAGUGAACGUGAAUGUCGCGACAUCAACAUAAGUCGCAUCCGGGGCGUUGUCUACCGUAAUGGUACGAUAUUCCGCGACGGCAACCAACGGGACUACUUCCAGAUGGAAAAGAUGCGGACGGCCAUGCGAGUUGUGGCUGCCCAAAAAGCCAUGGGAGGCUGCACUCUCGCCAUGUGGGAGACGGUUGAGGAUGAUGUCGACGUAUCCCACCAUGUUCUCCAACGGACAUUCAAGUGGUGCGGUUACAACAGCGCCAUGACCUGGAUUGGUCCUCGAUCCGCUCUGACCGACGCCAAGAUUGCCGCUCGUCGAGCAAUCAAGAACGAGCCCUUGGGAGCAUUGAUGUGGCUGAAGGACGAUGUUGUGCUCAAGGCCCACGACAAUUGGCGCUUCAAUGACAAGGUGACGGGAGUCUCAGCUGAGAACGAUGCUCAGUACGAAACUCUGAGGAGCUUCGUACCGGAUAUCCUCGAGAAAAUGACCAUCGUUCCUCGUCCAAAUCGGUCACUGGUCGAUGCGCGCGCGAUACACAUCGAUGCAGUUGAUUGGCCAUCCAAAAUGGAUUACGCACACAUGAAUCCCUUCUCUGUUUCCCCCGACGGUGUCGACUACACCGGUCUGGGCUGUUUUCAAAUGGGCCUUCACUGCUCUGAAAAAGAUAUCAAUGACCUUCUCGAGGCGCAACGGAGCAUCCGUGACCUAGACCUACUAGACCGGAUUCAAGCAGAGGAGCUGCGUCGUAUCGCGGCGGACCUGCGUGCUCUCCUCAAAUCGCAGAAAGCUUCCAGCGGUGCGGGCGCAAUGUUUGCCACGAUCCAAGAAUUGAUUGAUCUGCUUUCCUCUGGUAACGGUGCGGAAAAUGACAAUCUUCGCAUCUGGGUCGGCUUACACUCCGGAUUCCGCACGCGCAGCGAGUCCCAGGUCUGGGGCAUGUAUGAAGUUGAUUCCCUCACGGGCGCGAUGGACAUUUACAUCUCUGGCAAGACGGUUGAUCGGACGGGAACCAUCUUACACACCUUCCUAUCGCGUCGCAAAUUCAGUCGGUACGAAUGCUUCACGGCGGAAAUCGCCCUUGCGGAUGCCAGAAACACACUUUCUCCAAAGUGGGAUCUGCCUCCUCGACUGGUGAACGACAUCGAAGACCUCAGUCCCGCAGAAGCCCUGCUCUGGAUGCAACGGUUGACACUGUCGACAUGCAAAGUGUCGUCGGCCUUAGUGGCUAAAGUUCGCCCGUGCUGUGAAUUUCAACUGCUGGAAGUCCCAACUCUGAGCCAGUUGCGGGCUAUGACUUCGACGGCCUAUCUCAGUGGGGAAGUGUCGGCUAAACAGCUCGUCGAGGGGCGUCUGGCCUGGUACCACGACCAGGGCUGCGCAUCCCUCGAACCCAGAACGGCUCUGGCACUGUUUGAAGAGAUUGACACGCGUCUUCCUGAGAUGCUCAUUGAGGCAGACAGCAUGAGUCUGGCUCGGCUUACCGAGGCCAUAGAGGCUAUUCUCCAGCCGGGCCGGAUUGAUGUCAAAGCAGACUUUCUGGCCCUGUCCGUCUUCUGCGCCUUUCGUAGGCUGGCAAUGAAUGAGAUCUACCUCGAGGUUCUUGAUCGUAACCCGCGUCCGAAUCUCCACCACGUGCAAACAUCUUGCUUCGCUGAAAAUUAUGCAGUCGGGGCCAGGUGCGAUGCUUACAUUGACAUGACGCCCAAGGCCAUUGGCAAGAUCUUGUCCGAUCGUAUCCGCGCAUAUUAUCACCAGCACCAACCGCCUCGACGAGAGGAAGCGUUCACCGAUCUUCCCACUGCUUAUGCCUCCAUGGACAUCGAUCUGGAUCCCAACGGAGGGCAAGAGGACCUCCCAUGGUCCUACCGCGUUACGUUCCUCGGUAUCUUUGCAGUUCCGGCGCUGAUUGAUAUCACUCUCCUGACGACCAUCGGACGCGGCCUGUAUCUCACAACAUUCAUGAGCAAUACUGAUAAAACAAUGGCGACCACCGCCUUGAUGGUUGCGCUGCUACUCUGCGGUGGCUUCGGCGGUUGGAUCAGCUCGGGAGGCAGCUACUAUCUAUAUGCCAUGGCCUUUCCUGCGAUGAGCAUGUUCGUCAUGACCCGGUUCAUUGCCGGUCUAGCAGUCGUCUCCGUGGGAGGUAUCUUAGCAUUCCUUGGGAUCGGAAUCGCCAAAGACUUUGUGUCUGCUGUUGUCUUCUUCGCAUACCUGAUGAUGCUCACGGUAUAUCUGAUGACGCUGUCUGCAUUAUCAAUCUAUCAGCUCCCGGGAUUCCAGUUCCAGUCGGGCCGCACGGUGAUUAUGAGCUGCAUUCCCAUCCUGUUCAUCUCUCCCGUUCUCACCAUUUGGGUCCAACACGACAUCAUCAUCUAUCCUUGCGUACUGGCCGUCUUUUUGGCAGCAUUAUUGCUCGGUGCUCGACGUGUGAUCGCCAAGUGGAACAAUUGGUACCUGCACAUUCCCUGCAUCACAGACGGCCAAGUAGUCGACUGGUACCAGCGGACAUAUCUGGCCAGUGGAUCUAUUGAUGAUGCCGAUAAGGAGUUAGCAUCCACUGCCCUAGCCCGUCAGACAUUACUGGCCUGCGUGCUGAAGGAACGGAAGCGCUGGUUCUGGACCAGGUCCACGGCGGACCCGUUCGUCAAGCGUCUUGCCGAGGAAUAUUCUGCGACAAUGUUUCUGCUUGUGUGGUACUGCAAAUUCUCCCGGACAAGGCUUCCUCUUGCCUACAGUCCGACGUGGAACUUGCAGCUCAAAGCCGCCGUUGACACCAUGGGCGACAUGCAAAAGGGACUCAAAUUGCAUAAUGCUUUCCUCCACUGGCGGCACACGGGUAAAGACGUCUGGGGCGGAAUUCUCUACUUCAUCAUCGCCCUGAUGGACAAGUGGACGGCCUUGUUCACCGGCGAAGGACUGGUGGGACUCUCCUCCGCGUCAAGUGAGACUUAUCGCUUGGCUGUAGGUUUCGGUCUGUGUUAUUAUCUAAUAGGUGCUGUCAUGCUCGAUGGCGUCUCGCAGCCGCUGUGGACGCUGGCACAUCAGAAGACACCUCAGCCGAUUCCCUCCCUCGAGUUCCUGCGGGAAGCCACGCGCAAUGAUGCACGCGCUCGACGGGCGCUGUACUGGCGAAAUCUGCUCAAAUUUGCGUUCCUUCAUAUCUGGGCCAUUGCAGUCACAUGCGCUCUGAUGUGGACCUUUGAAGGCUCACGCAGCGCCACCAUCAUGUACUUGGCGUAUAUCGGUGCAUAUACGGGUCUUCUUUGGUACCAGUAUAACAGAAUUUACACUGGAUUCCGAUCGGAUCGAGCACUGACUGUCGGCGCGGUUGUUGGUUUCCUGGCUUGCAUCCUGCUGCGAGUCCUCGCGCGGGACUUUGCUUACGGCGGUGUGCUCGGAUUGUCUGUUGGCACCUGGACGACGGCGAUUGUGUCUUUCUUCAGGGCUGACGUGGGGUGGCCCCGUGGUCAGAACUUGACAGGGGUUGCCAAGGACAAGGAUACGGUAUCGUACACCUGCAGCACGCUGGAGCCAGAUCCGGACUUCUCACAAACCACAUUAUCCCAUACAUUUGGUGCAAUCUGUGCUCUUUCUCCCGAGCUCCGGUACAAGCUGGAUCCUUCUCAACACCCUGGUAUGGAGGUGAUGCAUAUUCUUCGCUCCGAGAGCGGAACCAGGACACCUCCCAGCUUGCAACAAGCCUUUCCUCAAGCAGGGACUAUCUUGCAUCGCACAGCCGAGCUAUGGCAAUCAGGAGAAACAGUUGUCGAGCUUGUGUCAACGCGUCAUCUCCUGCUGCAACAACAGGAGCCAACCAUGCGCGCGAUCACACAAAGAACAGGAGAUCGGCUUCAUGUCUUCAUUUUGAUCAGCCUGGACCUUGUUGGGGAUGAAUGGGUCGUGAACAUUCGUCGCAAUUGCCGAGCCAUCGCUGAGGCUCUCGUUCAAGUCACGGCCGAAAGUCUCGUGGGGCUUUCGCACGACCAUGCAAUGUUAGCAGAGCUCUUGGUAGUCCAGCAUCACGACAGUGGUGCGCUUGCCGUCCCUGAAGGCAUCAAGCGCGAGCUCGAAGGCUCUUCCCCUGAAAGAGGACGGGUGAUCGCCAACGCUCAAAAAACAAUGCUCCGCCACCUGCUCCUGGGAAUGGACCCUGACAGGGAAUGGGAUCUCAUGCCUCGGCAUAUCCACGCCUUCUUGUUGGAAAGAGCAUGCGGCCAACCAACUCGCCUUUCUGCACCCGAUGCCGAAUGGAUUCUUUCUCGAGCUGGACAAGCCGACAAAGUGGACCUCCACAGCUUCAUUGCAAGGUAUAGCUUGAGUACUUCCCUGGCCGUCCUUGUAGGCCAGUAUGCCGGCGCGAUCGCUGCCCAUGAUGAGGACUUUGGACCCAGAUCGGAUUUCCGGGACUCCAGCUAUGAUCAACUGAUUACCACGGUGUCAUCCGAUGUUCCGCUCAAGAACAAGGGGCUUGUCGACUUUAUCCGAGUCACAAUCAUGCGGUUCCUUCAAAAGAUUCGAACCUGUAUCAAGUUCACAGUGCUCUCAUUGGUCGCAGAUCCCGAGUAUCAACGAGAGUUGAACUAUAUACUUCGCGGCCAGUCGCUGGUCUUCUCGUGGCCAAUCACAUAUAUUCUGACUGCUAUUUGGUCUUUUUGCAAGUCCUUGCAGGACCUUAUCCUCCCCUUUGUUCUGUUGCAUGGCCGAGACAAGGUUUCUGCGCUCUAUAAGAACAUGAAAGGACAGAGGACGGUGCUGGAAAAGCACCGUAUCGUUCUUGAAAGUCUGAACGGUCUAACAACGUGCUUCAUGCAUCAGGAGACAGACGGAUGUUCCCGACUUUAUCAGUACUCCGGUCGGCACGAGCAAGAACCAAGUCAACGCCAGAAUCUGGUGGCCGUCAACACAUACACUGGCAAGCUCAUUCUUCGCAGUCGGGAAGAGUAUGACAGCAAGGGAACUCUGCAGAACGAGUUUGUAUAUGAUUAUCCCGAGAAUGCCUCAACUUCCAGGGCAAAGCUGCCCAUGCAGCGACAGUGCCUUGCUGGCGAGCUCGAAGGACAAGUUGUCCAGUACGACGAGCGAGGAUACAUCACCACCGGGUCCGCCAUGAGAGGCGUCAAUCCCGUCCAAUUCCAGUACUGGUACCGCAAGAAUGCGAAGUUCGAUGACGAGUUGCUUCGUGCCGAGUAUGUCUUUCCCCAUAUCAAAAUCAAGGUCGCCUGGAGUAUGCCGCCACCCACACGUCCGGAGCGCCUGGACAAAUGGAUCCCCUAUCCGCGGGUCACCGAGGCUGUGUUCAUCCAAGAUGGCGAUGUCUACAAUGCUCAGUGGACCUAUGAUCACAAGUUCCAUCCGAUCAUUGCGACUACUCUAAACGGCGAACACGUUCCCACGCCGCCCAUGAUCUGUGACGACUGGUUCCAUGUCCUCGAAAAGCCAACUGGGUGCAGCUUCUUGCACGACAAUCCGCUUGUCUCGUUUUCUUCGACCAAAACGAACAUUAUUUCCCGCCACCUGGGACUAAAUGUCAAGCAAUAUCCGAUUCCAACAUCGCGUGCUCGAACACAUCUGUGGAAAUCUUGGAAAGCCUCGAAAGAAUUCGAUGCGGUUACUACCCGGUGGUUAGACGAGAUUCUGCUCCGGUCUGAUCGUAUUCUCCGUCCGUACUGGAGGCGGCGCGACUGGGGUCGUCUGGAGUCAGCAGCAGACUAUCUUGACGCCCAGGUAGACACCAUUCUCGCUCGUGUCGAUAUUGAUCCCGAAAUCAGUUCGUGGACACAACUGGCCUUCAAGAUCAGUGACCUGUACAGUUUCGGCCAAGGAGGUGACGCGAGGAUCAACACACGUACACUGUCGACACAGCUGCAAGAUACCGACAGCGAGCUGCAUGUUUUGGCGAUGGACACCGGCACUUGGCCCAAUGAGCCAGGAGGUGUCUCUGCAUGCCGAAGGGACAUGGUCAACGAUCUGAAGCAUAUCAGAUGGCACAUCCUCGCCGAGGCGGCGAACGACUUUGGCGUCCCCCGAUUCCAGAUCGAACGUAACGUGCAGUCGCUGACUGUCCUGCCGCAAUGGGGUCUGGAUUUCCUCAAUCCGACCCAUGGGGUGUUCCAAAAUUGUUUGGACUCCGCAGUGGUCGAAAAAUCAUACGACACCACGGUUGAAGAUAUUCGACGCAACUUCCUCCCCAUUCUAUCCAGUUUAGUUCGCUGUUCACGAGCCGUCCACCUCACCCGCUCACAUAUCGAGGAAGCGACACGGGCCCUGGUGGACUUGAACACGUACUUUGAGUCGUCUCGCAGUUGGAACGAUGUCUGGAUGAGUGAUACUGUCAAACAGGCAUGGAGAGGCAUGUGGCUCAGCGAGGACACGCCCGGCGCUGUUCCUGUUUCACAAUGGUUGAAUUCCGAAAGGCCCACGCUCCUGCAGCUUGACUCGGCAUUGGACAUGUGGCACCGCUAUCUCUUUAUCUUCUCCAUCCCCGUUCCCGACAAGAUUCCCGAUGUUUUCCAAGUUUCGCACCACUUCACGGGCGCUACAUACGGUAUCCUGUGCAAGGUAAAGCGUCAAUGCGCCUUGCAUGUCUGGGACCAUUGCGUCUCUUUUCGUGAGAUGACCACAUUCUUGUCAUCAGCUGUUUCCUUCGAUUCGACCUUUGUCAAUACCACUCUCAUUGGCUUGGGACAUCUUUCGUGUGUUCUGAUCCAGCAUCACGCAGACGUUGUCCUGCCAUGUGCCGAAUACUUCAAUCCGGGAUGGGAAAUCGAACUAGGAACCUGCGAAGGUGCCCUCCAGCAUCGCCGGACCUUCCGUCGAAAGAUUGACCCGGUUGUGAACGGAAUCACAAACAUGGACAAAUACAAGCCAAUUGAGACAAUCAAGACUGCUACCCCGACGGUAGUCAUGUUAUCGCAUAUUCGAUAUGUCAAAGACAUCAAGACAGCGAUCAUGGCAACUGACCUCAUUGUCAAUAUUUGGGGCUUCAAGGACUAUCGGUUGCACAUCUAUGGAGACAUGGAGCGUGCGCCGGCCUACGCCUCAGAGUGUCAGGAAAUCAUCGCGUCGAAGGGCCUGCGUGAGCAUGUUGUCCUGAAAGGUUUGGGAAACCCAUCCGUGGUCCUCCAAGACGCUUGGUUGUUCAUGAACUCGUCCAUUUCUGAAGGUCUUCCGUUGGCUAUGGGCGAGGCUGCGUUGACUGGUGUGCCCGUGGUUUGCACCGACGUCGGUGCAUCGUUUUGUGUGGUCACUGACCGUACAACGGGUAAGAAGUUCAGCGAAGUGGUUGCGCCCAACGAUGCUAUAUCCCUGGCCAGCGCUCAAAUCAGGGUGCUGGCCUUACUGGGCCAAUGGAGCGCUUUUGCCGAGGACGAGGAGGGCUAUGUGCCCCCAACUUUAUCGUUGCACCCUUCGCCUGAAGAAGUGGAGCAGAUCACGCGGCGUAUGUACGAAAAGGCCGAGCAGCGUCGAAAGCUUGGCAUGCUGGGUCGGUCGAACGUCUACAACAAUUUCUCGAGUGAUCGGUACCUCCGGGAACAUGAACAAAUGCUCUGGAUCGGCAAGUACCAGAGCCGCAGCUAUGUUGCUCGGGGCCCGGGUUCGUCGAGUAACUCCAGCGGGUUUUUCAAGGAGAAAUGGAAGUCGUCGAUUCUGAUUGAGCAAACCGAGGUACUCCCGACCCCAAACUCGGACACAUGGUGGACCCCCUUCCGCCCGAGGUUGAAGCGAGGAAGUCGUUUUGGGGGUGCCAUCGAAGGGUCUUCGGGAACGCAAACACCUGCUUGA